UAAAUACCACUAUUAAUUUCAAUCCCUUCUACACAAUACUUUCUUACUUUCUUCUUCUUUCUUCUUCAACUUUGUUUUCAAGGAACAUGCAAAAAUGGAAGUUGUAGAUGACCAAUACAGUAACCUUGUUAGGCGAGCACCACACACCGAACCACCAUUCACGCUAAGCGAAAUCAAGAAAGCCAUUCCACCCCAUUGCUUCAAACGCUCUCUUCUCCGCUCCUUCUCUUAUCUCCUUCAAGACCUUUUCUUAGUCUCUUUACUCUACUACAUAGCAACAUCUUACUUCCACCUUCUUCCUCAUUGCCCAUUUUCAUACUUAGCUUGGCCCCUUUAUUGGAUCUCCCAAGGCUGCAUUUCAUUUGGUAUUUGGGUCAUUGCUCAUGAGUGUGGCCACCAUGCUUUUAGUGAUCACCAAUGGGUGGAUGACACCGUUGGUUUCGUCCUUCAUUCCGCUCUUCUCUUCCCAUAUUUCUCUUGGAAGUAUAGUCACCGUCGCCACCACACCAACACUGGCUCCAUGGAGCACGAUGAAGUGUGUGUCCCAAAGCCGAAAUCUCAAAUGUCAUGGCUCUACAAAUACUUGAACAAUCCAUUAGGGAGAGUCCUAAGACUUAGUGUUACAUUGUUCCUUGGUUGGCCUCUUUACUUAGGGUUCAAUGUAUCAGGUAGAUCAUAUAACCGUUUCGCUUGUCAUUUUGAUCCUUACUCCCCAAUCUUCUCAAAAAGGGAAAGGCUUCAAGUAUUAAUUUCAAAUUUUGGUGUUUUAAUUAUUAUAUUUGUAUUGUACCAACUCAGCUCAACCAGAGGAUUGAGCUGGGUUGUAUUCGUGUACGGGGUGCCAUUGCUUAUAGUCAAUGGCACUAUUUCUUUGAUGACAUAUUUGCAUCACACUCACCUUGCAUUGCCUCACUAUGACUCGUCCGAAUGGGAUUGGUUAAGGGGUGCUUUGUCAACAGUCGAUCGAGACUAUGGAGUUUUCAAUAAAAAUUUUCAUAAUGUUACAGACACUCAUGUAUUGCACCAUUUAUUCUCAACAAUACCUCAUUACAAUGCAAUGGAAGCCACCAAAGCUAUUAAGCCAAUAUUGGGAGAGUACUAUUGUUUCGAUGAGACUUCGAUAAUUAAAGCUAUGUGGAGAGAGAUUAAGGAGUGUGUCUAUGUUGAACCAGAUGAUGAAUCUUCUUCUAAUAAAGGUGUUUUAUGGUAUAAGAACAAGUUCUAAAUCAAGUACCAAAAUGUAGCAAUAAAUUUAUAUAUUUAUAUACAAAUAAAUAUUUUAUA